GGUGACUUCACCGCCAUCUUGAGGCGCGGCGCAGCCGUUUAACAAGAUGGCGGCCCCUCGGCACCAUCCCCGGUGCUAUUUUGAAGGAAUUUUUACAGCAAAUCGCAGUCAAACCCGGUGAGACGGAUCCGCCAUCACCGUUGAACCCGUGACACCGAUUUAAACUCACCAGGAACCGGGAGAACGGCGGAAAGGCGGGGUUUUAUUGUGCAUACAGGGCGCCGCCAUUUUGUACGGAAGAAGGCGGCUGAGGCGAACUUCCGGUUCCGGUGGGGGAGCGGCCCCUCAGCGGUGGCGGAGCGGGGGCUCUCCCUCAUCUUCAAUACCCGAAAAUUCAUUAAAAAUUAAAAAAAAAAUUAAAAAUAAAAAUAGGAAUGGAUUGAGGCCCCUCCCCCGCCUUGGAUGGCCCCCUGGAAUUUGGGGGGAUCCCAAAAUGGGGGAUUGGGAAAAUCCCGGGAAUCCCCCCAAGGACGAGGAGGAGGAAGAGGAGGAGGAGGAGGAGGAAGAGCUGGACCCCCGGAUCCAGGAGGAGCUGGAGCACCUGAACGAGGCCAACGCUGAAAUCAACCGGGGGGAGCUGGAGCUGGAUGCCGCCCGUUCCCGGUACCGCCGCGUGCUGUCGGAGUCGGCGCGGCGGCUGAACGCGCAGGGCUCCCAGCUGGGCACCUGCAUCGAGAGAGCCCGGCCCUACUACGAGGCCCGGCGGAGAGCCAAGGAGGCCCAGCAGGAGACGCAGCGGGCGGCGCUGCGCUACGAGCGCGCGGUGGGGAUGCACAACGCGGCGCGCGAGAUGGUCUUCGUGGCCGAGCAGGGCAUGGGCACCGGCAAGAACCGCCUAGACCCAACCUGGCAGGAGAUGCUCAACCACGCCACCAGGAAGGUGAACGAGGCGGAGCAGGAGCGCCUGAGCAGCGAGCGCGAGCACCAGCGCGUGACGCGCCUCUGCCAGCAGGCCGAGGCCGAGGUGCAGCGGCUGCAGAAAUCCCUGCGGCGGGACAUCGCCCGCAGCCGGCCCUACUUCGAGCUCAAGGCCCAGUUCAACCAGCGCCUCGAGGAGCACAAAUCCCGGGUGAACUCCCUGGAGUCGGCCGUGGCCCAGGCCAAGCUGCGUUACUCGGUGGCGCUGCGCAACCUGGAGCAGAUCAGCGAGGAGAUCCACGCCCGGAGAUUCCAGAGGAUCCUCCGGAAAAAAUCCAUCCGGGAAAACCCCCUGGGGGCCGAGGGCGGCGCCGGCAACCCCGAAAUCCCCGGGAUUCCCAGAGAAAACCACGGAAUUCCCGGAGAAAUCCACGGAAUUCCAGGAGAAAACCUCAAAAUUCCUGGAGAAAUCCCCGGAAUUCCAGGAGAAAUCCACGGAAUUCCCGGAGAAAUCCACGGAAUUCCAGGAGAAAACCUCAAAAUUCCUGGAGAAAUCCCCGGAAUUCCAGGAGAAAACCUCAAAAUUCCGGGAGAAAUCCCCGGAAUUCCAGGAGAAAUUCACGGAAUUCCAGGAGAAAACCUCAAAAUUCCGGGAGAAAUCCCCGGAAUUCCAAGAGAAAUCCCCGGAAUUCCAAGAGAAAACCCCAAAAUUCCCGGAGAAAUCCCUGAAAUUCCCAGAGAAAUCCACAGAAUUCCAAGAGAAAACCCUGACAUUCCCAGAAUUCCUGGAGAAAUUCCCAGAAUUCCUGGAGAAAAUCUUGGAAUUCCCGAUGAGAUCUCAUCUGGAAUGGGAAGAAUUCCUGGAAUUCCCAGCCAAAAUCUUGGAAUUCCCAAUGAAAUCCCGGCUGGAAUGGGCAGAAUUCCGAGAGAAAACCUGGAAAUUCCUGGAAUUCCGAGAGAAAACCUCGGAAUUCCGAGAGAAAACCUCGAAAAUCCCGGAAUUCCAAGAGAAAACCUCGGAAUUCCAAGAGAAAAUCCCGGAAAUUCCACCGAAAACCCCCAAAAUUCCAGAAAUUUCACCUCAAUCUCACUGGGAACCUUCAGAAUUCCCGGAAUUCCGAGAGAAAAUCCCGGAAAUUUCACCUCAAACCCUUCGGGAACCUUCAGAAUUCCGGGAAUUCCGAGAGAAAAUGCCGGAAAUUCCACCGAAAAUCCCCAAAAUUCCACCGAAAAUCCCCCAAAUUCCACCGAAAAUCCCGGAAAUUCCUGGGAAAUUGCCGGAAUUCCGGCGGGAAUUCCCGGAAUUCCUCGGGAAUCCUCGACCUCGGGCGAUUCCGUGUCGCUGCUGAGCCUGCAGACCAUCGCCUCGGACCUGCAGAAGUUCGACUCCGUGGAGCACCUGGCGGGAAUUCCGGGAAUUUCGGGAAUUGCCGACGCGCUGAGCCUGCACAGCGAGGAGCUGGGGGAGGGGCGGGAGCGGGGGAGGGGCUGCCGGCACCAGCGGAGCGUCAGCCUCUGAGGGGGGGGGAGGGGGACAUUCCCCCCCAAAAAAAAUCCCCAGGGAAUUCCGUGAAAUCUGAAGGAAAUCUCAAAAAUCCCGAGGAAAUUCGAGAAAAUCCCAAGGAAAUCCCGAAAAUCCCAAGGAAAUUCCAGAAAAUCCCAAGGAAAUCCCAAAAUUCGCAAGGAAAUCCCAAGAAAUUCCAUUAAAUCCCAAGGAAAUCCCAAAAUUCUCAAGGAAAUCCCAAGAAAUUCCAUUAAAUCCCAAGGAAAUCCCAAAAUUCUCAAGGAAAUCCCAAGAAAUUCCAUGGAAAUUCCAUUAAAUUCCAAGGAAGUCCCAAAAAUCCCAAGGAAAUCCCAAAAUUUGCAAGGAAAUCCCAAGAAAUUCCAUUAAAUCCCAAGGAAAUCCCAAAAUUUUUAAGGAAAUCCCCAGAAAUUCCAUGGAAAUUCCAGAAAAUUCCAAGGAAAUCCCAAAAAUCCCAAGGAAAUCCCAAAAUUCUCAAGGAAAUCCCAAGAAAUUCCAUUAAAUCCCAAGGAAAUCCCAAAAUUCUCAAGGAAAUCCCAAGAAAUUCCAUGGAAAUUCCAUUAAAUUCCAAGGAAGUCCCAAAAAUCCCAAGGAAAUCCCAAAAUUUGCAAGGAAAUCCCAAGAAAUUCCAUUAAAUCCCAAGGAAAUCCCAAAAUUUUUAAGGAAAUCCCCAGAAAUUCCAUGGAAAUUCCAGAAAAUUCCAAGGAGAUCCCAAAAAUCCCAAGGAAAUCCCAAAAUUCUCAAGGAAAUUCCCUGGAAAUUCCAGAAAAUUCCAAGGAAAUCCCCAAAAUCUCAAGGAAAUCCCAAGAAAUUCCAUGGAAAUUCCAGAAAAUUCCAAGGAAAUCCCAAGAAAUUCCAUGGAAAUUCCAUUAAAUUCCAAGGAAAUCCCAAAAUUCGCAAGGAAAUUCCCUGGAAAUUCCAGAAAAUUCCAAGGAAAUCCCCAAAAUCCCAAGGAAAUUCCAUGGAAAUUCCAGAAGAUUCCAGGGAAAUCCCAAAAAUCCCAAGGAAAUCCCAAAAUUCUCAAGGAAAUUCCAUGGAAAUUCCAGAAAAUUCCAAGGAAAUCCCCAAAAUCUCAAGGAAAUCCCAAGAAAUUCCAUGGAAAUUCUAGAAAAUUCCAAGGAAAUCCCAAAAUUUUUAAGGAAAUUCCAAGAAAUUCCAUGGAAACCCCUGAAAAUUCCAUGAAAUUCCAUGGAAAUUCCAAGGAAAUCCCCAAAAUCCCAAGGAAAUCCCAAGAAAUUCCAUGGAAAUUCCAGAAAAUCCCAAGGAAGUCCCAAAAUUCUCAAGGAAAUCCUGGAAAAUUCCAAGGAAAACCCUGGAAAUUCUCAAGGAAAUUCCAUGGAAAUUCCAGAAAAUUCCAGGGAAAUCCCAAAAAUCCCAAGAAAUUCCAUGGAAAUUCCAGAAAAUUCCAAGGAAAUCCCAAAAAUCCCAAGGAAAUCCCAAAAUUCUCAAGGAAAUUCCAUGGAAAUUCCAGAAAAUUCCAAGGAAAUCCCCAAAAUCCCAAGGAAAUCCCAAGAAAUUCCAAGGAAAUCCCAAGAAAUUCCAUGAAAUUCCAAGGAAAUCCCAAAAUUCUCAAGGAAAUUCCAUAAAAUCCCAAGGAAAUUCUGAGAAAUGCCAAAAAAUCCUGAGGAAAUUCCAGGAAAUUCUCAAGGAAAUCCCAAGAAAUCCCAAGGAAAUUUCAAGGAAAUCCCAAAAUUCACAAGAAAAUCCCAAAAAAUCCUAAGGAAAUUCCAAGAAAUUCCAUGGAAAUUCCAUGAAAUUCUAUUUAAUUCCAAGGAAAAUCCCAAAAUUCUCAAGGAAAUCCUGGAAAAUUCCAAGGAAAUCCCAAAAAAUCCCAUGGAAAUUCCAUGAAAUUCCAAGGAAAUCCUGAAAUUCUCAAGGAAAUCCCAAGGAAAUUCUGAAAAAUCUCAAAAAAUCCCAAGGAAAUUCUGGAAAAUUCCAAGGAAAUCCCCAAAUUCUCAAGGAGAUCCCCAAAAAUCCCAAGAAAUUCCAGGAAAUUCCAAGGAAAUCCCAAAAAAUUCCAAGGAAAUUCCAUAAAAUCCCAAGGAAAUCCCUAGAAAUUCCAGGAAAUUCCAAGGAAAUCCCAAAAAAUUCCAAGGAAAUUCCAUAAAAUCCCAAGAAAUUCCAGAAAAUUCCAAGGAAAUUCCAUAAAAUCCCAAGGAGAUCCCCAAAAAUCCCAAGAAAUUCCAGGAAAUUCCAAGGAAAUCCCAAAAAAUUCCAAGGAAAUUCCAUAAAAUCCCAAGGAAAUCCCUAGAAAUUCCAGGAAAUUCCAAGGAAAUCCCAAAAAAUUCCAAGGAAAUUCCAUAAAAUCCCAAGGAAAUCCCCAAAAAUCCCAAGAAAUUCCAGGAAAUUCCAAGGAAAUCCCAAAAAAUUCCAAGGAAAUUCCAUAAAAUCCCAAAGAAAUUCCAUGGAAUUCCAAGGAAAUCCCAAAAAAUCCCAGAAAAUUCCAAGGAAAUCCUGGAAAAAAUGAGAAAUUCCAAGGAAAUCCUGAAAAAUUUGAAUUUUUGGGGAAUAAAUCCCCGAAAUUUGGGAUUUUUUGGGACUAAAUCCCUAAAAAUUGGGAUUUUUUUAGGAUUUUAUCCCUAAAAAUUUGGAUUUUUUUGGGACUAAAUCCCUAAAAAAUUGGGAUUUUUUUGGAACUAAACCCCAAAUUCCCAAUUUCCCCCCAGAAUUCCCAAUUUUUUUUGGGAAAUUUCCCCUUUUCCCCCCAAAACCGGUGCCAGGAGCCCAAUUGCACUAAAGGGAGGGUCAGGAAUUUUGGGAAUUUUUGGGGAAUUUUGGGAAUUUUCGGGGAAUUUUGGGAAUUUUUUUGAAUUUUUGGGAAUUCUGGGAAUUUUUUCGGUGGGGCUGUGAUGAGAACCCCCCAGUUCGAGGCAGCCCCGAGAAAUUUGGGAAUUUCCCAUCCCAAAAAAUUCCCAAAAAUCCUCCGGGAAUUCCAAGAAAAUUCAGGAAUUUGGGAAUUUCGGGGGCUAAAAAAUCCUGGGGGGGGGAAAAAAAAAGAAAAAAAGUUGAUUUCAAUAAAAUUCUUCUUGUUGUAA